UAUGACUUCAACAUAGAUAGAUUUGUUCGAUGGAAGGACCCUUUUUGCUUGACAAGACCCUUGUCUAUAUUCCAGUGGCUUAAUUGCGUCAAUUCGAAUACCCUGCAUAUGGCACAAUGACUAGGUAGUUAUUAUGCCGUCCCUAUCCCGUUUACGAAUGAGUCCGACUCGGACCGUCUUAGUGCAAGGACGAUGGAAGCGCGGGUGUUGGUUAUCUCCAAUUCCUGCCUUAACUCGUUUCGCAACAACCGCACCGCCGAAUAUCGACACCAGAAGACUCGAUCUACUGGCGAUUGACAGGAAAUGGCAAGAAAAAUGGUAUUCCCAGAAGACGGAACUAUCAUCCGUCGCCACCGAGACGAAGGAUAAGUCAGAGAAGCCCAAGUCUUAUAUACUAUCCAUGUUUCCUUAUCCCUCAGGUACGCUACAUAUGGGUCACUUGCGUGUAUAUACGAUAUCUGAUGUGCUUGCACGGUUUUAUCGCAUGCGUGGUCAUGAGGUUCUGCACCCAAUGGGGUGGGAUGCUUUUGGGUUACCAGCGGAAAAUGCGGCGAUAGAGCGGGGAGUUGACCCGGCAGAAUGGACGAAGGAUAAUAUCGCUAGGAUGAAGGAACAGCUGCGAAGUAUAUCUACUUCCUUCGAUUGGGACCGAGAGCUUGCAACGUGCUCACCUGAAUUCUACGAACAUACGCAACGGAUAUUUUUGAUGCUCUACAAGAAAGGAUUGGCAUAUCAAGCUGAAGCGUUGGUAAAUUAUGAUCCCGUGGAUAAAACGGUCCUGGCAAAUGAGCAGGUUGAUGCAAAUGGCUUCUCAUGGCGGUCCGGGGCAAAGGUCGAGAAGUUGAACCUGAGACAGUGGUUCUUCCGCAUAACAGACUUCAAGGAAGCUCUUUUGAAUGACCUGGACUCUCUAGCAGGCGGCUGGCCUGAGCGGGUGCUGUCUAUGCAGCGAAACUGGCUGGGAAAGUCGUAUGGUGCUAAAAUCAAGUUUCCUGUUUCAGUAGAGGGAAAUGGAAUCAGCAAUACGAAAGUCGACGUGUUCACCACGCGGCCAGAUACACUUUACGGGGUAGAAUAUCUUGCUCUAUCCUUGAACCACCCCAUCGUUCUAUCGGCUGCGGAGAAAGAUUCUGAGCUUCGCAAGUUUUUGGAUGAGGCGGCUUCCCUUCCUGCUGACUCCAAGGCCGGAUAUCAAUUGUCAACCGCGAUCGCCUCUCACCCAUUGCACAUCAUCGACAAGGAGAGCCCUCAUGUCGCUCGUCAACUCCCCAUAUUCGCGGCUCCCUAUGUUCUUAGCGACUACGGAGAGGGAGCAGUGAUGGGGGUUCCAGGUCACGAUUCUAGGGACCUGGCAUUUUUCAAAGAGAAUGCUCAACCUGAGUUCAUAACUAUUGUGAUUGAGCCCAAGCGUACACCCGAAGCCGACCUUGGAGUUAGUACCGGUGAACUUCCUGCUGGUGACGUGAAAGCUUUUACUCAAGAAGGUUUUCUUAACUCGAGAUGCUGGAAAUACCAGGGCCUUCAUUCCCACGAGGCCGGUCAAAAAAUAGUCGAUGACCUCAAAGCCGUUGGUCAUGGUAGUGCUGUAGAACAGUGGAGAUUGAGAGACUGGUUGAUCAGCAGGCAGCGCUAUUGGGGCGCUCCAAUCCCGAUCAUCCACUGCGCAGGUUGUGGCCCUGUGCCCGUGCCAGACGAUCAGCUCCCAGUCAAAUUGCCCAAGAUAAAAGGGGACUGGUUAAAGGGUAAAAGAGGAAAUCCUCUCGAGUCAUCUGAUGAUUGGGUACAUACUAAAUGUCCAAGUUGUGGAGGUCCAGCCAAAAGGGAUACAGAUACUAUGGACACAUUUGUCGAUUCAUCUUGGUAUUUCCUCAGAUUUUUAGAUAGUACCAACAAACAACAACCGUUUUCACCUUCAUCUGCGCGACCAGUCGAUGUUUACAUUGGUGGUGUCGAGCAUGCUAUCCUACACCUACUCUACGCCCGGUUCAUCUACAAAUUCCUUUCCAAGUCCGACUUGUUUCCAGAACUCUCUCGGGUAUGUGACGUUGCCGGGCCGUUGGAGCCAUUCAAGACACUUCUUUCUCAGGGCAUGGUCCACGGAAAGACGUACUCGGAGCCUUCUACUGGGAGAUUCCUCCAUCCAUCUGAAGUGGAUCUUUCUAGCCCGGAUAGACCGAUGAUCAAGGGUACUCAGGUUAUGCCGAACGUGUCGUUUGAAAAGAUGUCAAAGAGCAAGCACAACGGCGUGGAUCCCACGGCUUGCGCCCAGAAGUAUGGCGCCGAUGCUACUCGCGCGCAUGUGCUCUUCUCCGCACCCGUCAGCGAAGUUCUUGAAUGGGAUGAAACAAAAAUAGUGGGAAUCGAGCGCUGGUUUGGCCGACUUUGGAAGCUUGUCCUGGAUGCGCAACAGACGCUAGUUUCAUCGUCAUAUACUUUAAACCCAGAUGAUUUGGCGCAGUCCACCCACGUCACAGCCCUCCCUGACCAUCUGCAGAGCCUCAGUGACAGUGACGCAGAUGCUGUUCUCUUCACUCAUAGAACCAUUAUGUCUAUCACUAGUUGUAUAGAAAACAAUCCUUACGGACUGAAUACUGUCAUCUCUGACCUGACCAAGUUGACCAAUACGCUGUGCUCGUCCACCCCUACGUCAUCACAGGUUCUUUACCUGUGUGUCUCCACUCUCCUCCGUCUACUGGCACCUAUUGCCCCAGCACUGGCUUCUGAGAGUUGGGAAACCCUCAACAAACCGAUAAUCAGCUGUAACCCGACGAAAAAUACCGUGGCUAUUGCAACUGAUGUGCCGGCGAUUUUCAAUUGCCCCUGGCCGACACCUCUUCUGACCUCAGAGCAAGUCGAUGUUCUGUCUGCACGAAGUGGUCAAACCGUGGCUGUACAGAUUAACGGAAAGUUGCGUUUCACUGUCACAAUUCCACGACAGAUGUCCACCACGACGGCUGAAACAAGCGAGAAGUCUGGGGUCACUUUGGACGAACAGGAUUUUAUAAUCAAUCGCAUUCUAGACACCGAGGAAGGACGCACUUGGCUGCGUGAGAAGAAUGAUUGGGAGAAACGGAGACGCGUAAUUGUCGUCAAGGGAGGUAAAUUAGUCAAUGUUGUAUUUUAAUCUGGAGUUAUGCCCGUCAUGCUGCUGUGGGUUGCAAUAGACAUAACCGUCUAGUUAUAGAAAAUUGUACAUUAAAUCCCAUCCCCACCCACGUUCUUCCACCUUAAGGAACCACGGUCGCAUUCAAACGGAAAGGCAUCAAGCAUCCGGAGAAGCGAAGGGGUAUUGCGGCCUUGCGGUCCCAUGCUGAUUUAUCGCCAUGACUGGUUUCUUGAUUGAUCCUAGACCCCAACUGGCCUUCCUCGCUCAUCGAAAAUCUAGGGUCAAUAGCAGCACUCUUCGGUACAUUGGUUGCAUGAUAUGGCAGGAAUGUGGCGAGUGCAUUGGGGACAGUGGAGACUCGAAUAAGUCUUCCCCUCAUUACGGAUGAUGGUUAUGAAGUUGACAUCUCGGACUGGGGGGUCCCAUCACCGAUGCCUCCCAACGAGUGGGAUUGAGAACAAAGACUCCAUGGAAGCACGGUCGAUCCUCGGGUUUGGAUCUCGCAGGGCCUGGGAUGUUUUAGUUGCAGUUACCGGGCGUGGUAGAUGCGGAGCACGCGAUUCUUUCCUAACUUAAUAGCAAAGUUCUCUAGUCACUCUAGUUUGAGAUGGGCCUUGGGCAUUUACAUAAGUAUUGUGGAUCACAACGAUGAGUAUGGAUGAAUGACACCACCAGCGGCAAUUUGAUCCGAUCGGAUUCAAGUGACGCGGCAUACAGGAC